AAGCUGCUUUACAGCGUGUUUUAGGUUUCCGGUUGAGGGUAGGGUUCAUUGGUACCAUGUGGGAGCUGCUGUGAAGAGUUGUUGCAUUCCAAGAUAUACCCAAAUUCCCAGUUCCUGCCUGUGUCAUUAAAACUCCGCUGGCGUGAAAGAUGACGUCCUUAGCCCAGCAGCUCCAACGACUCGCCCUCCCUCAAAGUGAUGCCAGCCUCUUGUCUAGAGAUGAAGUUGCCUCUUUGUUGUUUGACCCUAAGGAAGCGGCCACCAUCGACAGAGACACCGCCUUUGCCAUAGGAUGCACUGGCCUGGAAGAGUUGCUUGGAAUUGAUCCUUCCUUUGAGCAGUUUGAAGCACCGUUGUUCAGUCAGCUAGCAAAAACCUUGGAGCGAAGUGUUCAGACCAAAGCAGUAAACAAACAGUUGGAUGAAAACAUUUCAUUAUUUCUUAUUCACUUGUCGCCUUACUUCCUGCUUAAGCCGGCACAGAAGUGUCUGGAGUGGUUGAUUCACAGGUUCCAUAUACAUCUCUAUAAUCAAGAUAGCCUCAUUGCUUGUGUUCUGCCAUACCACGAGACAAGAAUAUUUGUGCGAGUCAUACAGCUUCUAAAAAUUAAUAAUUCAAAGCACAAAUGGUUCUGGUUGUUGCCAGUUAAGCAAUCUGGAGUGCCCUUAGCUAAAGGAACUUUGAUUACCCACUGCUACAAAGAUCUUGGAUUCAUGGAUUUCAUUUGUAGUUUGGUGACAAAAUCUGUGAAGGUUUUUGCUGAGUCCCCGGGCAGCUCAGCUCAGUUGAGGGUGCUCUUGGCUUUCUAUGCUUCUACCAUAGUGUCGGCGCUGGUAGCUGCAGAGGACGUAUCAGACAAUAUCAUCGCCAAACUAUUUCCCUAUAUCCAAAAGGGAUUGAAAUCAUCUUUACCAGAUUACAGAGCUGCAACAUACAUGAUAAUAUGUCAAAUUUCUGUGAAAGUGACCAUGGAAGAUACCUUUGUGAAUUCAUUGGCGUCACAGAUCAUCAAAACAUUGACCAAGAUUCCGUCUUUGAUCAAGGAUGGAUUAAGUUGCUUGAUAGUGCUCCUGCAAAGACAGAAGCCAGAGAGCCUUGGGAAAAAGCCAUUCCCUCACUUAUGUAGUGUUCCCGAUCUUAUUACAAUACUUCAUGGGAUUUCUGAAACUUAUGAUGUCAGUCCUCUUCUGCGUUACAUGCUUCCCCAUCUGGUUGUCUCCAUCAUUCAUCAUGUUACAGGAGAAGAAACUGAAGGAAUAGAUGGUCAAAUCUACAAGAGACACUUAGAAGCUAUACUUACAAAAAUAUCACUGAAGAACAACUUAGACCAUUUGUUGGCUAGCCUUCUAUUUGAAGAGUAUAUUUCAUAUAGUUCACAGGAAGAAAUGGAUUCUAAUAAAGUGUCUUUGCUUAAUGAACAAUUUCUUCCACUCAUUAGGCUUUUAGAAAGCAAAUACCCCAGAACGUUAGAUGUUGUAUUAGAGGAGCACUUAAAGGAAAUUGCAGAUCUGAAGAAACAAGAGCUUUUUCAUCGGUUUGUUUCUCUUUCAACAAGUGGAGGAAAGUAUCAGUUUUUAGAAGAUUCUGAUACUUCUUUGAUGCUCAGCCUGAAUCAUCCACUUGCUCCUGUGAGACUUCUGGCCAUUAAUCAUUUGAAAAAGAUCAUGAAAACAUCAAAGGAGGGUGUAGAUGAGUCUUUCAUAAAAGAAGCUGUUUUAGCCCGGUUAGAUGAUGAUAAUAUAGAUGUUGUUUUGUCAGCUGUAAGUGCUUUUGAGAUUUUCAAAGAACAUUUCACUGCAGAAGUGACGAUUUCAAAUCUUCUGAAUCUCUUUCAAAGAGCGGAACUUUCAAAGAAUAGAGAAUGGUACAAGGUACUUAAGAUAGCAACUGACAUAUUAAUUAAAGAAGAGAUACUAAGUGAAAAUGAUCGGUUGUCAAAUCAGGUGGUUGUAUGUUUGCUGCCAUUUAUGGUUAUCAAUAAUGAUGACAUGGAAUCUGCUGAGAUGAAAAUUGCUAUAUAUUUAUCAAAAUCAAGAAUCUGCUCUCUGCACCCUCUAUUAAGAGGCUGGGAAGAAGCUCUUGAAAAUGUGAUUAAAAGCACAAAGCCAGGAAAACUAACUGGUGUAGCAAAUCAGAAGAUGAUUGAGUUGUUAGCUGAUAAUAUAAAUUUAGGAGAUCCUUCUUUAAUGUUAAAGAUGGUGGAGGAUUUAAUAAGCCUGGGUGAGGAGGAGUCCGUUAACCAGAAGCAGAAAGUAACGUUUCACGUGGUCAUGUCUGUGCUCGUCUCUUGUUGUUCAUCUUUAAAAGAAACCCACUUUCCAUUUGCGAUAAGAGUCUUCAGUUUGUUGCAGAAAAAAAUAAAGAAGCUUGAAAGUGUCAUUACUGCAGUGGAAAUCCCCUCAGAAUGGCACAUUGAACUGAUGUUAGACAGAGGGAUACCAGCGGAGCUGUGGGCACAUUAUGUAGAAGAGCUCAACAGCACUCAGAGGAUGGCUGUGGAGGACUCGGUUUUUCUUGUAUUUUCCCUGAAAAAUUUUAUUUAUGCACUGAAAGCGCCUAAAUCUUUUCCUAAAGGUGACAUAUGGUGGAAUCCUGAACAACUGAAAGAAGACAGCAGGGACUAUCUGCACUUGCUCAUUGGGCUGUUUGAGAUGAUGCUCAAUGGUGCCGAUGCUGUUCAUUUCAGAGUUCUGAUGAAACUUUUCAUAAAGGUACAUCUAGAAGAUGUUUUUCAGUUAUUCAAGUUCUGUUCUGUUUUAUGGACCUAUGGUUCUAGCCUUUCAAAUCCACUUAACUGCAAUGUGAAAACAGUGCUGCAGACUCAAGCUCUUUAUGUGGGCUCUGCAGUGCUCUCUUCUCAGAAGACACAGUGUAAACACCAACUGGCAUCCAUAUCUUCUCCAGUGGUGACAUCUUUACUCAUUAACCUGGGAAGCUCCAUAAAAGAAGUUCGUAGGGCUGCCAUUCAAUGUCUCCAGGCCCUCAGUGGAGUGGCGUCCCCCUUUCAUCUGAUAAUAGAUCAUUUGAUUCCUAAAGCAGAGGAGAUCACUUCAGAUGCUGCCUAUGUUAUUCAGGAUUUGGCUACUUUAUUUAAGGAACUACAGAGAGAAAAGAAACUGAAGUCUCAUCAGAAGUUGUCUGAAACUUUGAAAAACUUACUUAGUUGUGUAUAUAGUUGCCCAUCUUAUAUAGCAAAAGAUUUGAUGAAAGUACUUCAGGGAGUCCACGGUGAGAUGGUGCUUUCUCAGCUAUUGCCUAUGGCUGAACAACUGCUAGAAAAGAUCCAGAAGGAGCCCACAGCUGUGCUGAAAGAUGAGGCCAUUGUUUUGCAUCUCGCUCUGGGAAAGUAUAAUGAAUUUUCAGCUUCCCUUUUAAAUAAGGAUCCAAAGAGUCUAGAUAUAUUUAUAAAAGCUGUGCACGCAACAAAGGAACUUUACGCAGGAAUGCCAACCAUUCAGAUCACAGCCCUUGAAAAGAUUACAAAACCAUUUUUUGCAGCCAUAUCAGAUGAAAAAGUUCAGCAGAAGCUUUUAAGAAUGUUGUUUGAUUUAUUGGUGAACUGUAAAAACUCACAUUGUGCUCAGACUGUCAGCAGUGUUUUUAAAGGGAUUUCCGUUAAUGCUGAACAAGUCAGAAUAGAACUGGAGCCACCAGAUAAAGCUAAACCCUUGGGCACAGUUCAGCAAAAAAGAAGGCAAAAAAUGCAGCAGAAAAAAUCCCAAGAUCUAGAAUCUGUCCAGGAAGUUGGAGGUUCCUACUGGCAAAGAGUAACUCUCAUCCUGGAAUUACUGCAGCACAAAAAGAAGCUCAAAAGUCCUCAGAUAUUGGUGCCAACUCUUUUUAACUUGCUAUCAAGGUGUUUAGAGCCCUUGCCACAAGAGCAGGGAAAUAUGGAAUACACCAAACAGUUAAUUCUUAGUUGUCUGCUCAACAUCUGCCAGAAACUCUCUCCGGAUGGUGGCAAAAUACCCAAAGAUGUUUUAGAUGAGGAGAAGUUCAAUGUGGAGUUGAUAGUUCAGUGCGUCCGCCUUUCGGAGAUGCCGCAGACCCAUCACCACGCCCUUUUACUUUUGGGCACUGUGGCUGGAAUAUUUCCGGAUAAAGUUCUACACAAUAUCAUGUCUAUUUUUACAUUUAUGGGAGCCAAUGUCAUGCGCCUGGAUGAUACUUACAGUUUUCAGGUUAUUAACAAGACGGUGAAAAUGGUUAUUCCUGCACUUAUUCAGUCUGACAGUGGAGAUUCUAUAGAAGUUUCAAGAAACGUUGAAGAGAUCGUGGUAAAAAUCAUUAGUGUAUUUGUGGAUGCACUGCCACACGUCCCGGAGCACAGGCGCCUGCCCAUCCUUGUUCAGCUUGUUGAUACACUGGGUGCAGAGAAAUUCCUCUGGGUUCUCCUCAUCUUGCUUUUUGAACAGUAUGUCACAAAAACAGUGCUGGCGGCUGCCUAUGGAGAAAAGGAUGCUAUUUUAGAAGCAGACACUGAAUUUUGGUUUUCAGUCUGUUGUGAGUUUAGUGUCCAGCAUCAGAUACAAAGCUUGAUGAAUAUCCUCCAGUACUUACUAAAGCUGCCAGAGGAAAAAGAAGAAAUCAUUUCCAAAGCAGUGUCUAAUAAGAGUGACUCACAAGAAGAAAUGCUACAGAUUUUUAAUGUAGAGACUCACACUAGCAAGCAACUGCGGCAUUUUAAAUUUUUGUCAGUGUCCUUCAUGUCUCAGCUCCUGUCUUCCAAUAAUUUUCUGAAAAAGGUAGUUGAGAGUGGUGGUCCUGAGAUUUUAAAAGGCCUUGAAGAGAGGUUGCUGGAGACCGUUCUCGGCUAUAUCAAUGCUGUUGCACAGUCCAUGGAAAGGAACGCAGACAAACUCACUGUGAAGUUCUGGCGUGCGCUCCUUAGUAAAGCUUACGACCUGUUGGACAAGGUCAAUGCCUUGCUGCCCACAGAGACAUUCAUUCCUGUGAUCAGAGGGCUGGUGGGCAAUCGCCUGCCAUCUGUUCGGCGGAAAGCGCUGGACCUUUUGAAUAACAAGCUACAGCAGAAUAUAUCCUGGAAGAAGACAAUAGUUACCCGUUUCCUAAAACUGGUUCCAGACCUUUUGGCCAUUGUGCAGCGUAAGAAAAAGGAAGGGGAAGAAGAACAAGCAAUCAACAGACAGACAGCAUUGUAUACCUUAAAGCUUUUAUGCAAGAAUUUUGGUGCAGCAAAUCCAGAUCCUUUUGUCCCAGUGCUGAGCACUGCUGUGAAACUGAUUGCUCCAGAGAGAAAGGAGGAGAAGAAUGUCUUGGGAAGCGCGCUGCUGUGCGUAGCAGAGGUGACCUCCACCCUGGAGGCGCUGGCCAUCCCCCAGCUUCCCAGCCUGAUGCCCUCGUUGCUGACAACAAUGAAGAACACCAGCGAGCUGGUCUCCAGUGAGGUCUACCUGCUCAGUGCCUUGGCCGCCCUGCAGAAGGUUGUGGAGACUCUCCCGCACUUCAUCAGCCCCUACCUGGAAGGCAUUCUCUCCCAGGUGAUUCACUUGGAGAAAAUCACUAGUGAAGUGGGUUCUGCCUCCUCACAGGCUAAUAUCCGUCUCACAUCUCUGAAAAAGACACUGGCUACCACACUCGCACCCCGAGUCCUGUUGCCCGCCAUCAGAAAAACUUACAAGCAGAUUGAGAAGAACUGGAAGAAUCACAUGGGUCCGUUUAUGAGCAUCUUGCAAGAGCAUAUUGGGGUGAUGAAGAAGGAAGAGCUCACCUCCCAUCAGUCUCAGCUGACCGCCUUUUUCCUGGAGGCCCUGGACUUCCGAGCCCAGCACUCUGAGAACGAUCUGGAGGAAGUUGGAAGAACAGAAAAUUGUAUCAUUGACUGUCUAGUAGCCAUGGUUGUCAAGCUUUCCGAGGUCACAUUCCGACCCCUGUUCUUCAAGCUGUUUGAUUGGGCUAAAACAGAAGAUGCCCCAAAGGACAGGUUGUUGACAUUUUACAACUUGGCAGAUUGCAUUGCUGAAAAGCUGAAAGGGCUUUUUACGCUGUUUGCCGGCCACUUAGUGAAGCCUUUUGCUGACACCUUGAACCAGGUGAACAUCUCCAAAACAGAUGAAGCAUUUUUUGACUCUGAAAAUGACCCUGAAAAGUGCUGCUUGCUGUUGCAGUUUAUUUUGAACUGUUUAUACAAAAUCUUCCUUUUUGAUACCCAGCAUUUUAUAAGUAAAGAGAGAGCAGAAGCCUUGAUGAUGCCUCUGGUGGAUCAGCUGGAAAACAGGCUUGGGGGAGAAGAGAAAUUCCAGGAACGGGUGACAAAGCAGCUGAUACCGUGCAUCGCGCAGUUUUCGGUGGCCAUGGCGGAUGACUCUCUUUGGAAACCACUGAACUACCAGAUUCUGCUAAAGACCAGAGAUGCCUCGCCUAAGGUUCGAUUUGCUGCUUUGAUUACUGUGUUAGCACUGGCUGAAAAACUAAAGGAGAAUUAUAUUGUCUUGCUACCAGAAUCCAUUCCUUUCUUAGCAGAGUUGAUGGAAGAUGAAUGUGAAGAAGUAGAACAUCAGUGCCAAAAGACUAUUCAGCAACUGGAAACUGUCCUGGGAGAGCCGCUCCAGAGCUAUUUCUAAGACUUUCUGUGGUGUUUCAUACUCUACUCAGAGUUCUGAUUUUUCGUAUUUUUAUUUUUGGGUGUUGGGUGCCAUGUUACUUUUGGUGCCUUAAUACACCUACGUGGUACUUAACAAAUGUUUUAUCACUUCUUUACAAAAUUCUCACCUGGUUUAUGCUACCACAUAAGCCUCUCCUGCCUGUUGUGCAGAGCUGCGGAAAGAGUAAAUGACAUGGUAUUUUUAUACAGA